UAAGGUGUUUUUUUCCACAGGGAGGAGCCACCAGAGCCGCAGAGGAGCGCACUAAACAGUAAACACUACACUCGCGUUUGGAGAGCGAAGGCAGCACGCGCUCGAACGUCACGCCGUGAUAUUCUAAUUAUUCAAAUAACCGAAUUAUUAACCCACAGUUGAUUGCAUGCGUAAUAUUUCGAGAGAACGUUAACUUGCUUUUGCAUUUACUUUACAGUCGCGAGAAGUUCGUUCUUGAAUAGUUGUUAUGGUUCGGAGGGAAUUUUGGGGCUAAAUGUAAACGCACAGUUGUUAUGGAGACAUUCUGGAACGCGAAGCCAUGUAAUGCACUGUAUUACGCGCUGCAGUUUUAAUGUUGAGUACACAGAUAUCUACUAGAAUGUCACAGGCUGAUAUUGACAGGGCUAGCCUUGGCUUCCCGAAGUUGCCUGCGGGUUUUGACGCGGACUCGUUCUUCCCCGCGCGCCUGCCGCCGAGACGGAGGAGACACUCGGCGAACUCCAGGAGAAAUGCCUACAGGUUUAACAAACUCCACACCAUGGACAUUGCGCCCCAGCAGAGCAUCGCACCUCUGACAAAAACUCUUUCGUGGUCAGCCGACAAUAUUUUAUCGGAAAGUAGCAACGAGGAGAAAAAGACGGUCUCUUCUCCUCCAAUGUCACCUGUCUCCAGCUCUCCACCUGAGACGCGAGCCUCGGACCCUCGGCCAGCUGACACCUGGGCCACCGAGGAGCCCAGCGCGCAGGAGGCUGACGCCAGCUCGGACUCCGACGAUGAAAGCACCGAGAAGAAAGCUGUUUUGUCACGAGCUCUGUUUGAGAGUAAACGCGCGCAGGAGGAAAAGGACGAGGUUGAGACCAAAGCUGUGGCGACCUCACCUGAUGGAAGAUUUCUGAAAUUCAACAUUGAGAUCGGAAGGGGGUCAUUUAAGACAGUCUACAAAGGACUGGAUACAGAGACCACCGUGGAGGUUGCAUGGUGUGAACUGCAGACUAAAAGGCUGACCAAAGUGGAGCGGCAGCGGUUCAGUGAAGAGGUGGAGAUGCUGAAGUGCCUACAGCAUCCAAACAUCGUCCGCUUCUACGACUCCUGGAAGUCCACUAUGAAAGGACACAAGUGCAUCAUCCUAGUGACGGAACUCAUGACGUCAGGGACACUGAAGACGUACCUGAAAAGGUUCAAAGAAAUGAAGCUGAAGCUUCUCCAGCGUUGGAGUCAUCAGAUCCUGAAGGGCCUUCACUUCCUGCACACCCGAACACCUCCCAUAAUCCACCGAGACCUUAAAUGUGACAACAUCUUCAUCACUGGCCCCACUGGAUCUGUUAAGAUUGGUGAUUUGGGCCUAGCUACUCUCAAGAGUGCCUCAUUUGCCAAGAGUGUCAUUGGGACCCCAGAGUUCAUGGCACCAGAGAUGUACGAGGAGAAAUAUGAUGAAGCUGUGGAUGUUUAUGCCUUUGGUAUGUGCAUCCUGGAGAUGACCACAUCAGAGUACCCUUAUUCCGAGUGCCAAAACGCUGCCCAGAUCUACCGCAAAGUCACCAGUGGUAUGAAGCCAGACAGUUUUUACAAAGUGAAAGUCCCUGAACUGAAAGAGAUCAUUGAGGGAUGUAUCCGGAUGAACAAAGACGAAAGGUACACUAUCCAGGACCUGUUAGAGCACACCUUCUUCCAGGAGAAUAAUGGUGUCCAUGUCGAACUGGCCGAGGAGGAUGACAUGGUGAAGUCUGGCCUUAAACUCUGGCUUCGAAUGGAUGACACCAAGAAGCUCCAUGGCAAAUAUAAAGACAACAACGCCAUUGAGUUCCUCUUUGAACUCUACAAGGACGUCCCAGAAGAAGUGGCUCAGGAGAUGGUUGUUCUUGGAUUCGUCUGUGAAGCAGAUUACAAACUGGUGGCCAAAGCCAUCCGUGACCGUGUCACUGCCAUCAAGCGCCAACGAGAAAAGCUCCGUCGUCAGGCAGAAGAGACCCAGAGGCAGCGAAAAGAGGAAGUGAUUGAGGAGGAACCCGAACCUAGUCUUGAAGCCGAACCUUCAGUUUAUAACCCACUUACACUUAAGCCUCCUGUAGAGACGCCCGUAUCCACCCCUUCUCAAGCUCCGCCCACUGUCACAGUGUCAGGCCCCAUUUCCCUGUCUGCAAACGAAUCUCUGGACUCUGGCUUUAAUGCCAGCUUUGCCACUGAACCUGAGGAGCCAGACGCAGAACAGCAGCAGCAUUUCAACAUACAUCACGCCAGCUACUCAUCAGCAACGUCUGACUGUGAGACGGAUGGAUACCUCAGCUCCUCUGGGCUUCAGGAACCUUCAGAAGCUCGAGUUCCUGUGACAAACCAACCCACCACAGCUCCUCAACCAACCAGUGGAGCUCCUCGAGUGGAAACCCCGCCCAUUGAAGCUCCACCCACUGAAGCCCCUCCCCCUCCAGCUGCAGCAAUCCCAGCUCUCCGUUUCCCCUCGAGCAUUGCUGUGUCCCAAAACACAGAGAGGGCCCUGUCAGGAAAUACCAGUGGCUUUUCCUCUCCUGUCGACAGCUACGCUUCUGAUGUCACCUCUGGUUUGAGUGACGGAAACGAGGGUCUUUCGGAGAGAGGCGGGAAAGGUCAGACCAAACGCACCGGAACCAAGCUGCUCAGGAAGAGGGCUCGCUCACGUCUACACAUCACUGGGCUGUCAGAUAAAGUGGAUCGGGUUGUAGAGUGUCAGCUACAGACCCAUAACAGCAAGAUGGUGACAUUUAAAUUCGAUCUGGAUGGAGACAACCCAGAAGACAUUGCUGCAGUAAUGGUACAUAAUGAGUUUAUUCUACCUGGAGAGAGAGAGGGAUUCAUCCACCGCAUGAGGGACAUCAUCCACCGGGCAGAGACCCUGAUGAGGAGAGAGCCUUUGGAGCCACUCACUGCUCGUCUGCCGUAUCUGAGCGGAGUCGGCUCACUGUCUGCCUCACAGCCCAAUCUCCACACGCAGGGCCUCGCUCGCACACACUCCUCCUCCUCGUUGCCAGAUUAUGCUGUGGCCAGUAUAGGGCCAGUGACCCGGGGUUCCUCACCUGCACUGAAUGCCGACUUUUACGUUGAUCCCGAUGCCAAUCCACCCGUCCGGCCCCUGCGCUCACAAUCCUUCCACACUACAGGUUCCUCCCAGACCUACCAGUCUACACCCAACUACCCGCAGUACUCCCACCCCGAACUUCUGCCACAUCUCCUGCCAAAUCAGAUGUCUGCCAUGCCCCCUCAGCUCCCCAGACCACCUUAUGUUCAAAACACCCACUUUGCCUACCCCUACCAAAUGGACCAUGCCUCCCUCAAGAGUCCCCUCAACCCAAGUCCGCUCACCCGCGUCCCCAGCAACCCAAACUUAUUUUCCUCCUCUUCGUCCUCUUCUGUUGUUUCACCAGUUCAGCAGUCCAUCGAGAUGCCACAUCAAGCUGAAACCAACACUCAGCCGCUUUCAGUUGGCCCUUCACCUGGUCCGCAAGCUGCAGGCAUGUGGCCAGCACAUGCCCAGCAGCCCUUUAUUUCACUGGCCAGUGUUCUUUCUAUGGCUAUGAACUUUGCACAGUCCUUUAUCCCCCCUGGAUCCAUCCCUCAAGGUUUCCACCCUCAAAUGACCCCAGGGUAUGGCCCUAUGUACCCAGCUCAGCAUGCGAGUAUGAGCAACUCUGAUGCUCCAUACCACCAGGGGGCACAGAGUGGCCAAUAUAUGGAUAUGUACCAAUAUCCUGAUGCUUAUAUGCAGAUGCCGGCACCAGGUCCUGAACCUCAAGAACAGGCAUCUCCACCAGUAGUUGCUCUUAGAGAGCAGAGAACAGGCACGGCACCUGAGAUUAAACAGCCCAUAAACCCAAACCCCACAAACCCAAGCUCUUCUCCGGGGUCAAGAAGUGGCCCACUGGCAGAGAGCCAGUCUAACCCCAUUGGGCAGCUCAGAGAGCGGGCAGAUAGUUCAGCAUCAAGCUCCUGCACCCCAUCCAGCACAAGCUCACCAGCAUCCUCCACAUCCCCCAGCCCGCAAAACACUGUGUCCUCACCCAUCCCAAAGUCCUCCCCCACUCUGUCCAUGUCUCUGGCAGUGUCUGAAACGAAUAGCAUCGCAGCCAAAUCUAGACUCUCACCUAUAUCUGAAGAGAAAAAGUCUGUUGUUACCGUGGGACGUUUCAAAGUCAGUCCAAGCAAGGAAAUCCCUCUUCCAGCUCCCAGCCUGACGCCCACUCCCACCCCUACAGUUACGCCCACAUCCAUACUGACCCAAACAUUCCCUAUAACAGAUCAUCAAGCCACGCCUCCUGCACACAACAGCCAAUCCGACAGCAGCACAGACGUACAGGCGGAAUCAGAAAGCAGUCACAGCUCUCCAAAUGAGUCCCCUCCACUUAUCAAACCCCCUAGUGUGGAUUUGUGCCGCACAGACAGCACCCCCUUGUGGACUGGAGGAACUAAACCACUGGACAGAGAAGCUGUAGAACCAGAUGAGGGACGUAGAGGUGAAGAAGGGGAGGAGGCGGUGGAGGAGGAGACAGAAAGGAGGCGGAGGAGAAUAAGUGUAAGUUUGCUGGAAAGUCCAGCCGGGAGUCCUCAGUUCAGUCUAAAUCAGCCGUGGAUGAGUUACACACGCAGUUUGUCGUACGCUAGCAGCGACGAGACAGAGAGUGAAGACGAGGGGAUGUAUGAGGAGCUACAGGAACUCAGAGAGAGACAUGUGGCAGAGGUUCAGGCUCUCCAGUCCUCUCAAAAGCAAGAGAUCGAGGAACUCUACAAACGGAUGGGUAAAGUGCCCCCUCCGGGAAUCGUUUCUCCAGCGGCCAUGCUGUCCAGCCGUCAACGUCGUCUGUCUAAAAGCGGAGGGUACCCAAGCUCUCGUCAAAAUAGCCUGCAGAGGCUGGACUUACUGCCCCCUACAGGUACCAUAGGUAUCAUGCGUAAGAACUCGGUGAGCGGCAGCAGCAGCGGCUCACAGGAAAGGAGCGGGAAAGGAGUGUCCUUUGCCUCUGAUUAUCCAAGAAUUUGAUUUAUUUUUUUUAGGAGCCCUUUGGCCUUUGUCCUGUUCUGCUUAUGGACUGAAGUGACACCAUUGCUUCCUCAUGCGACUGCUGAUGUGUGUGAGCACAUGUUUGUGAUGUCAGGAAAGGAGUGUGUGUUCUUCACAGACUGUGAUGUGAAUAUUUCUAACCAGUAUACCUCUGUUCAGUAUUCUAAGGAUGAUUUACUUACCUAGUGAGCUUUCUGAAGAGACCGGGCACUUGGAAGCACAGCCUUUAUAUAUGAAACUUUUUUAGCGAUGUGAUGUAGUUGAUCUCAGCACAGAUUUAUGGAGAAAUGCCCACUCAUUUGCAGCUAUAGCACCCCUAGUGGUUGAAUGUAUAAAUUGCAAACGUAAUUUCACUUGGAGUCUUAGACAGUCCGUGUGGUUGCUCUCUAUAAUGUUGUCAAUUAUAGAUCAGCUGUUCAGUGAAGUUUUAUUCCAACUGGCAGGCAGUCAUAAAUACCUGAAUUAAUCGGUACUGUAAACAAUAAAAAAAAAAUUCUGUUUGCAAUUGCAAUUCAAUACAUUCAGUCCUUAUAAAAGGCUUCGGCCUCACUGUAGGUUUGAUUUGAAAUAAAACAGUAUCAUGUACAUAUCUGACAAAUUGUAAAAAUGUUCAUCAUGGAUUACAACGCAUAUAUGACUUUGUUGUUGCAAUGCUUUGCACUCUCAAUAAUUGCACAAUGUAUUUUUUUUUUAACUCCCGUAACUCGCAGUAUUGACGUUGAUUUUAUUUCUUUUUCUUGAUUCAGAUCUCUGAUUCCUCAAAAUUAGUCUAAAAUUAAAAAGAAGGCUUUACUGAUACUGAGAUCUUUGAAUGCCCUAAAUGAGAAUAAUAAACAUAUUUAAAUGCA